UUCACUUCCAAAUAUUAUUAUCAUUUUCUCUAAUUUAUUUUCGUUUCUAAAUUUAUUUAUAUAAUGGAAGAACACAAGGAGCUAGGGUUCUGCCCUAGCUUCAGUUGUUAUUCUUCCAACACCGCCGAAACGGCCGCUAGAGUCAGCAUUCAGUGUCAACAAGAGAAUUUAGAACAAGAGUUUGAAUUCUCACCAACCGACAUCGUUUGUGAUCACAAAACACAAGUUUUCCCUUUUUUCAACCGUGAUCUGUUGACGGAAAAAGAACAUAUAGUAGUAUGUGAUGGUCCAAAUAUCGAUUCGUUACAAAAUUUAUUUAUUUCAGAACGUGAUCGCGAUCGCGAACUUGAAAAAGAAGAAUACGCUUCCUCAUCAGAAUCGGAAUCCGAAGAAGAAGGUUCUGGAAUGUUCUGUGUAUGGAGAAACAAUAAAACUGAUCAAAAUGGAGCUGGAUCACCAUUAAGUAAAUGUAAAAAAAGUAGUUCAACGGGAUCGGGGUCGAAACGUUGGAGAAUAAAGGACCUCCUACUUAUGCGGAGUAAUAGUGAAGGCAAAGAACCUCCAAUGAUUUUAUUUACGGAUAAUAAUAAUGAUAAAGUUGAUUUGCGCAAGGAGAAAGGGAAUUCCGGAGAAGUCGCCGUGUAUUCAGGAGGAAAAACGAAGCCAAAGUCGAUACAUGAAUUGUUUUAUGUGCAACAGAGAGCUAAACGUCAAGAUGGUAAAAGAAAAUCGUAUUUACCAUAUAGGCAAGGCUUAAUUGGUAGAUUUUUUUAGUCAUUAAUUAAUUCCCCUCUUAAUUUAAUGUGUUAUUAUCAUCUUUGAUUUGAUUCCAAUCAAAAAGAAAAAAAAAAUAUAUGUUUAUA